AUGAGCUUCAUGGGAAGGAAGAGCGACGCCAAGUCCGAGGACGUGGCCCACGUGCCGCCCGAGCUCUCCGACUUGCACUGCUUCACUGAGACCGGCGGCGUCAUCACGACGAGAAAUAUCUUCGGCCAGAUUGACGCUCACACGCCGGCAGCAAUGUUCGACAUCCCCGGGUACCGCGUGGUGCGGACGCUGGGCGCAGUGUACGGGCUCUCGGUGCGGUCGCGCAACAUCGCGGCGAGCCUCGGCAUGGUGAUUAAGUCACUGGCAGGGGGCGAGCUGCGGUGGUUCACGACAAUGCUGUACAACUGCCGCAACGAUGCGCUGGGCAGGGUGGUCAGCGAGUGCAAGCAGCGCGGCGGCAAUGCCAUCAUCUGCCUGCGGUUCGACGCGGCGGACCUGGGUGGGUUCGCGCAGACGUGUGCAUACGGGACGGCCUGCGUCGUGGAGAAGAUUGACGAAGACGCCGCCGUCGCGCCCCAGCUUGCUUCUUAG